ACCGAAGUCUCUUCUCCUUCUUCCUCGCUUCGCCUCUUCUUCUUCUCUCCGUGCCGCUCUUGCUCCGAGAGCUGUUGCGGUAUCUCCGAAGGGGAGCCCAGGUCCGCGUCGCCAUUGCCGUUGUGAGGGUGUGAUUAACAGGAUUUGCAGAAAGAAACAAUAAACAUACUAAUAUGGCAUUGCCAGCUGCAGCUCAACCAAGUCCGCAAGUGGUUGGGGGUGCCUUUGUUCAACAAUAUUAUUUUGUUCUUCAUAAAUCUCCUGAUCAGGUACAUAGAUUUUAUCAGGAUUCAAGCAUCUUGAGUCGUCCGGAUUCAAAUGGGAUGAUGACAUCGGUGACAACAAUGCAAGACAUCAACGACAAGGUUUUGUCAAUGGAUUUCAGUGACUAUACUGCAGAGAUAGAGUCUGCAGACUCUCAGGCAUCAUACAAGGAUGGUGUACUGGUUGUUGUGACUGGUUCCUUGACAGGAAGGGAUAAUGUCAGGCGCAAAUUUAUCCAGUCAUUUUUCCUAGCUCCACAGGAGAAAGGUGGUUAUGUUGUCCUAAAUGAUAUUUUUAGAUUCGUGGACCCAAGCCAAGCAAGGGGUGCGAAUCAAGUUAUAGUUAAUGGGGCAAAUGGUGAUUCAGCAGAAGCUUUGACCCCCGAACUAGAGCCAACCUUGGUUCAGGAGCCUCAAGUGGCCACUUCAGUUGAACUCGAAACUUUGCACGCUGUGGAAGAUAUUGAUAAUGGUGAGGAAGUUAUUAAACCUGUGGAACAUGAUCCUCCAGAAGCAUCAAUUGUGGUUGCUGCAGAUCCAGAGGUCCAUGUGGGUCAAUCUGAUGACCAACCAGUUUCUGAAGUUGCUGUUUCUGUCUCUCAAGAGGAUGAGCCUAAGAAGUCUUAUGCAUCCAUUGUCAAGGUUUACAAGGUCAGCAAAUCAUCAACGCUGAAUUCUACUGUUUCUAAACCAAAAGUUUCCUUGCCAAAAGCAGCUCCAAAAGUUGACGCAGUAAACCCUGACAAACACCCUACUCCUUCCUCGAAGCCUUCCAUUACAUCUGAAACCACAGUUAGUACUGUUGACAAUGUUCCUGAAAACAAUUCAAAUGAUGUUGAGGGACAUUCCAUAUAUAUUAGAAAUUUACCCUUGAGCACAACACCUGAAGAGGUUGAGGUGGAGUUUAAGAAAUUUGGACCAAUCAGACCUGGUGGUGUCCAAGUUAGAAACCACAAGGUGGAACGGUUUUGUUUUGGCUUUGUUGAGUUUGAAUCGUUGGAUUCCAUGCAAGCGGCAAUCAAGUCUUCUCCCAUCACUAUUGGAGGUCGUCAAGCUUUCGUUGAGGAGAAGAGGACUACAACACGAGUGGUGAACGGCGUAGUUACCAAUGGUGGGAGGGGGAGGUAUCUAGCAGGAAGAGGAGGCUACCGGAAUGAUAAUUUCAGAGGUCGGGGAGGCUAUGGAGGCAACCAGGGCUAUGGCAGACCUGAAUUUCGCAACAGAAGUGAGUAUUCGGGUCGCGGCCGUGGCGGUCUUGGCCGUCCGAUCAAUGGCUUUCAGCAGAGGCCCUUCCAGAAUGGAAAUGGCAGGAUAUUCCGUCCUGCCAUAGCAAAUCAAACUGCUGUUUCAGCUUAACAGGUAAUUAUUAUUAGAGAGACUUAUCCAUUCUAUGUGGACUGGAAAUGACAAUGGCUUAAUUCUUUGUCCUCUUUUAGUCUUUGGAGAGCAAUAUACUCUUUUAGUGAGGUUAGCUGUUGAAGUUUGUGGUUCAGAAAUCCGUCAUUUUUGCCUGGUACAAGAAUUUAUGUCAUUGUUUAUGAAAAAAAAAAGAAAAAAAACUCAGUUUAGGUUGGUUUUGCUUUUUCUUUUUUGUUUUCCAGCAUUUGUUACUAAAUCAUCUUUGUAAAUUUAUUGAUUACAAAUCAUGUUUUUUUUU